AAUAGGGUAAAGUGCAUGACCAUACGGAUUACACGGAUUAAUGUUUAAUAGAAGUAGAGACUUGUCACCAGUCAUACACCACUCAGCAUAACACAUCUGAUCAUUUAUCAAUGUGUACACUCUGGUGUACAGUAUCAAAACAUGUAAUACAAACAAGAUGAAACCGAGACCUGAGAAUAUAUGGCGGAAUCACAUUUGUGAAUCGUCAAAAGCAAAUCAUCGGAGUAAAGACUUAUAAAUAUACCAGGAGAAGGGGAUCGGUUUCUAGAGACAUCGCUUCUCGUUUAGAAUGCGUAGAUCCCCGUGUACAAGAACAAUUAAAUACUAUAAAAUUGCCAUCUUACUUAUCAUACCUGCAGCGAUCUAUCUUAUUGUUAAUAUUACAAAGGACGCUAAGCUAAAGCAAAAGUUAGAUAAGGCUAUGAGUGAACUGAAUACCAGAUAUUCAGAGGUAGACCAGACAAAGGACGUUUAUAAGGAUGAAUUUCCUCAUGUCUUCUCGACAAUGGGGGCAACGGUGCGAGCAUUAAUGAGGGAAGGCAAAAUACAAAAAUAUCAAAACAAUAGUACACCAAAAACUACUCACUUUGCUCCAGUCAGAAAGAUUAUUCCUCUUAAAUUUUCCAAGCAUGAAAAAGAUGAUGGCCUGAGGGUGAUCUACAACAGAGUGCCCAAAUGCAUGAGCUCCACAGUAAUAAGCUUGGUGAAUAUGUUGUAUAAGGAAAAUCACUUCCUUUGGGUUCGACAGACCUUCUCAACCUUCGCUCUGAAGAACACACAUCCGUCCCAUCAAUCUGCGGAAUUGAUAACUGAUGAAUUCGUAGGUAACGCCACACCUAGUCUGAUGUCAAAACACGUCCAUUUUAUAGAUUUUACUAAGUAUGGGUAUAGACAGCCAUUGUACAUCAACCUCAUCCGGGAUCCACUGGAAAGGCUCACCUCUCAAUUCUUCUACCUCAGGUUUGGGAGCAAAAAGCAGCAAUACCACAAACAACAGAAUGCAACACUUGAUCGCUGCAUUCGUGAAAAGUGGAGCGUCUGCACCGAUGAAUACACCCUAAAAGGGGAGGGCUACUUCAUUACUAUACCUUAUUUCUGUGGCCUCAAUGACUACUGUCUAAAUGAUACUCUAAGAACACUCAACAAAGCCAAGGAAAAUGUGGAGAAGUAUUAUACUAUCGUUGGUGUAACAAACGAGUUCAAUGCUUUUGUCCGAGCUUUGGAACUACUCUUCCCAAAGAUGUUCAAAAACAUUGAAAGAAAAUACAAGUUUGCAGGGAACAAGUUACAUGAGGCAUUUAAAACCAGAUAUAAAAUCGCCCCAAAUGAAGAGACGACGAAACUUGCGAGGGUGAUGUUGAAGAAUGACUACGAGUUUUAUCAUUUUAUUAAACAAAGAUUUUAUAAACAAUUAAGUAGACUUGAGCUCAUAUUCAACAGACAUCUACUCAAUAGUAAGAUAAAUAGGACAUGAAUUUAGCAUUUGUGGUAAAGAAAUAAGUUAUUUGAGAACAAUUAUAAAUCGUGUGGAAGGCAAUGUAUAGUCAUUGUGGUAAUACAUAGUCAUUGUGUAAGAUGAUGACCUAGUCAUUGUGGAAUAGUGAUAGUCAUAAUUGUAAACUGUCAGUUUUAGAAGAGCAAUGAUCAUUUUCGAUUAAGAACAACAGCCCUGAUAGCUAUGAUGUGUAAGUUUCUUAAGAGCAAAAUAAAUCAAAUUUUUGUUGCGGUGAAGAACCGGACAUCAGUCAAAGCACA